CGGCCUUGGAGCAGCUGUGGAGCCUGAGGCCGCUUGCCCUCCCGCCCCAUGGAGCGGCCUCCGGGGCUGCGGCCGGGUGCGGGCGGGCCCUGGGAGAUGCGGGAGCGGCUAGGCACCGGCGGCUUCGGGAACGUGUGCUUGUACCAGCAUCGGGAACUUGACCUUAAAAUAGCAAUUAAGUCUUGUCGCCUAGAGCUAAGUUCCAAAAACAGAGAACGGUGGUGCCAUGAAAUCCAGAUCAUGAAAAAGUUGAAUCAUGCCAAUGUUGUAAAGGCCUGUGAUGUUCCUGAGGAGUUGAAUUUUUUGAUUAAUGAUGUGCCUCUUCUAGCAAUGGAGUACUGUUCUGGAGGAGAUCUUCGGAAGCUACUCAACAAACCAGAAAAUUGUUGUGGACUUAAAGAAAGCCAGAUACUUUCUUUAUUAAGUGAUAUAGGGUCUGGAAUUCGAUAUUUGCAUGAAAACAAAAUUAUACAUCGAGAUCUAAAACCUGAAAACAUAGUUCUUCAGGAUGUUGGUGGAAAGAUAAUGCAUAAAAUAAUUGAUCUGGGAUAUGCCAAAGAUGUUGAUCAAGGAAGUUUAUGUACAUCUUUUGUGGGAACACUGCAGUAUCUGGCCCCAGAGCUUUUUGAGAAUAAGCCCUACACAGCAACUGUUGAUUACUGGAGCUUUGGGACCAUGGUCUUUGAAUGUAUUGCUGGAUAUAGGCCUUUUCUACAUCAUCUGCAGCCAUUUACCUGGCAUGAAAAGAUUAAGAAGAAGGAUCCAAAGUGUAUAUUUGCAUGUGAAGAGAUGACAGGAGAAGUUCGGUUUAGUAGCCAUUUACCUCAACCAAAUAGCCUUUGUAGUUUAAUAGUAGAACCUAUGGAAAACUGGCUACAGUUGAUGCUGAAUUGGGACCCUCAGCAGAGAGGGGGACCUGUUGACCUUACUUUGAAGCAGCCAAAAUGUUUCAUCUUAAUGGAUCACAUUCUGAAUUUGAAGAUAGGGCACAUCCUAAACAUGACUUCUGCAAAGAUAAUUUCUUUUCUGUUACCACCUGACGAAAGUCUUCAUUCACUACAGUCUCGUAUUGAGCGUGAAACUGGAAUAAAUACUGGUUCUCAAGAGCUUCUUUCAGAGACAGGAAUUUCUCUGGAUCCUCGAAAACCAGCCUCGCAGUGUGUUCUAGAUGGAGUUAGAGGCUGUGAUAGCUACAUGGUUUAUUUGUUUGAUAAAAGUAAAACUGUAUAUGAAGGGCCAUUUGCUUCCAGAAGUUUAUCUGAUUGUGUAAAUUAUAUUGUACAGGACAGCAAAAUACAACUUCCAGUUAUACAGCUACGUAAAGUAUGGGCUGAAGCAGUGCACUAUGUGUCUGGGCUGAAGGAAGAUUACAGCAGGCUCUUUCAGGGACAAAGAGCAGCAAUGUUAAGCCUUCUUAGAUAUAAUGCUAACUUGACAAAAAUGAAGAACACUUUGAUCUCGGCAUCACAGCAACUGAAAGCUAAAUUGGAAUUUUUUCACAAAAGCAUUCAGCUUGACUUGGAGAGAUACAGCGAACAAAUGACAUAUGGGAUAUCUUCAGAAAAAAUGCUAAAGGCAUGGAAAGAAAUGGAAGAAAAGGCCAUCCACUAUGCUGAGGUUGGUGUUAUUGGAUAUCUGGAGGAUCAAAUUAUGUCCUUGCACACUGAAAUCAUGGAGCUACAGAAGAGCCCCUACGGAAGACGUCAGGGAGACUUGAUGGAAUCUCUGGAACAGCGUGCCAUUGAUCUUUAUAAGCAGUUAAAGCACAGACCUGCAGAUCAUUCCUACAGUGACAGCACAGAGAUGGUGAAGAUCAUUGUGCAUACUGUGCAGAGUCAGGACCGAGUUCUUAAGGAGCUGUUUGGCCAUCUAAGCAAGUUGUUGGGCUGUAAGCAGAAGAUUAUUGAUCUACUCCCCAAGGUGGAUGUGGCCCUCAGUAACAUCAAAGAAGCUGACAAUACUGUCAUGUUUAUGCAAGGAAAGAGGCAGAAAGAAAUAUGGCAUCUCCUUAAAAUUGCCUGUACACAGAGUCCUGCCCGGUCUCUUGUAGGAUCCAGUUUAGAGGGUACAGUAACCCCUCAGGCAUCAGCAUGGCUGCCCCCAACUUCAGCACAACGUGAACAUCCUCUGUCAUGCGUGGUAACUCCUCAAGAUGGGGAGACUUUUGCACAAAUGAUAGAAGAAAAUUUGAAUUGUCUUGGCCAUUUAAGCACUAUUAUCCGUGAAGCAAAUGAGGAACAGGGCAGUAGUAUGAUGAAUCUAGAUUGGAGCUGGUUAACAGGAUGACUUGCUACUUGUUCACUGUCCCCAAACCUGUGGAAGUUGUUGCUGCACGUGUCGAAACCCAUCUUCAAACACAUCAACUGGAGAAAUGGCAAUGAUCAUAAACUGUGCACAAUUUUAUAAGCACAAUAUUUUGAUUUUGAGGAAUUUUGAGCUCUGAACAAAUAGGAUUUUAUAAAAAGCCAAUGGACUUUGUUUAAAUAUUUAAUACUACAGCCACUUAGGAUCAUCUUUAUGACCCAUUCGUCUUCAAACUUGAUAAACAUUAUUUAUUUAACUGACUAAAAAUACCUUUUAAAGUUUUCACUUUUGACAUAAAGCCAAACUUAGAGAAGAAAACCUUGUCUAAGAUAUUUUAAGUUGUCUACCUGUGUUUCUGUGGAAGAGACUGCUCACAAGUAAAAUUGUACUUCCUGAAGAAUAAACCCUACCUCCUUGUGUUGUACUCAAAAAGUACACUUCGUGGCAUCAUAAGGAGUUGGCUUAAUCCCAUUUUUAAUUUUUGCCGCACACUUAAUUUUCUUCAUUCAGAAGGGAUUGUGCAUCUUUGCCUUUAAUACCAGUUGACUCUCAUAAAUCAUGUUGUAUGCUAUGUGUAUAUGUAUUUAAGAUGUACAUUUAAUAUCAAAGAGAAGAUACCUGUUAAUUUAUAAUGUGUUUGAAAGCUCAUAGGUUCUUCAAUUUGUAAAAAUGGAUCAUUUGUUUAAACAGUCUUUUGUGUUUUAUCAUGUAUGUUUAUAAAGGUCUGUACUCCCUUGUUUGUAAUUACAAUUCCAAAGUCCAAAAAUUUAUGAAAACAAGGUUUUUAUAAGUCUGGUGACAAAACUCACUUGGCAAAUAUAAUCUGAACUGACACUGACUACUUAUCCCAUUUAGUGUGAAUAUUGAUUUUUUUUGCUGCAGAAACAGUAAUGUGUUUGAUCAGUGCAGGGGCGAGUUGGGGUGCUGCCAGACUCUGCCGAGGGUUACUGUAGUAUGGUUCAUGCACUGAAUUACCUUCAUAAAAUCGGAACAUUUCAUAUUACUGAAACAUCUGGCUCCAAGGGUUUCAGGUAAAGGACUGUGGAUCUCUAUCAUCUACUAAAUAAUUUAGAAGGUAUUUUUUUAAAUGUGAAAUGCUUUUAUAUUAUAGUUUUUCACUUUGUAUAUUAAAUGAUUUUAAAUUACCUUUUGAAUCUCUA